ACACAAGGAGCCAUUCAAAGAGCCCCCACCCCCUUUCCUUCAUGAUAUUCCUCCUAAAAGUAUCAAACAACACCCAAUUCCAGACAGAUGAUAGUCCCACCCCCUCCCUUUAUCUUGGCUGAAAGAAAAAGAAACACGCACUUUCCUCCCUUCAUUCAUUCAAACAUUAGCUCUAGAUGCAAGUUUAUGUAAAAAUCUGAAUUUAUCAGUAGAUUAGCCGAAUAAAAACUAAUUCGGAACAUCAUUUAUAGAAAACAAAACAGUGUGAUCGGCAAAAUCUAUGCGCUGGAAUGGAUGUUUUGAUAACUACGUCACACCUGUGGAUUUUGUUUGCUGUCAUCCCCCUGAAGUUUACUUCUACAGAGCAGAAAAACAUCACAGCUGAGUCUGGACAGGAUGUCACUCUGACAUGUCGAGCUCAAAAUAACAACAUUGAUCUUGUAGAGUGGAACAGAACUGACCUGGAAGAUAAACCUGUUUUUGUGUAUCGGAAUAACAUGUCCGAUCCAGAAAACCAGCAUCCAUCUUUUAAGAACCGGGUGGAUCUGCAGGACAGACAGAUGAAGGAUGGAGACGUGUCUUUGAUUCUGAAGAAUGUGAUGAUUAAUGACACUGGAACAUACGAGUGUCGUGUCAACAUGAAUUUAAAAUUAAAUAAAGACCCCAUCAGCAGCAUCUACCUUCAUGUUGCUGAUCCUCCAGGUCAGACAGGAGGACACACAGAGGAUGGAGGGAAGAAGGAUGGAGGGAAGGAGGAUGGAGGAGCGAAGAGUGGAUCUGUUGGACUGAUUGUUGGUCUGGUAGUUCCUGCUGUGCUUCUUGUUGGUGUCGCUGUUUUUAUGAUCUAGAUAAACCAUGACAAUCAGAAUCAGGAUUCAUACUAACCUGUUGAAAUGCACUAUGUUUGAAACAUCUCACAGCUUUUCCACCUGAAUCUCCUGCUGUUGCUCCAAAUUCCCAGCGUGUCACUCAACACAGGAACAAACGAUGAUCUGAGGACAUGGAAAUCAUGAAAUUUGGUUUUCAGGGUUUCAAGGACUGAAAAACUCACUAAAAUCCUGGAUUCUCUUCUGUUCUUCACUCAUCACCAGCUCUCACCUUCUUCUCACCUGCAGGUCCUCCAGGAGGACUUGGAGGGUUUGUGGGACUGGUAGUGAGUCUGUCAGUUUUGGUGUGUUUAUUCUUGUACCUAAUGUUCUGAUCUCUAAAAGAAGAAAAGGGAACGGUGCUGAAUAUGUGAUUUCUGCUUCUCAGAGAUCCUGUUAAAGUCUAAAGACAUUGGGAGGGUUUCAAACUGUUUGGAGCAGGGAAACAGGUACUAAUGGUGCAGCACUGACUGAUGUGUUUGUGGAUAUGAACUCAUACACAUGAACAUACCUCAGGUUCAUAUCUACAAAUUCAUGUCCCAGGACAUAAACUUUAUAUUUAAUUUUACAUUUGGACAUCUGUGGGGUUGGUGAUGGAGGGAAUCAUUUCACAGCUCACAGGUUUCUACACUUAUGAAAUAAAACUGCAUCACUUUAAGCAUUAAAUCUAUGAAGUUAGAUAAACAUGAGGGUUUGGGAUAAAAUUGUUUACACUAAUUAAUGGUGAUGCAUCCUUGGCAAUGUUAUAGACAUGAAAUAUACGUCUGAGUGAAACACUCAAAGUCAUCAUGUUGACUAUCAUGAACAUUUUUAUAACUCCCUCUUUACAACUGUCUUUACUGUGUAACAUUUCCUACAUUUACACAAACAGAGAUUUUAGACUGUAAAAGUGAAUUUUGCACAGCUACAAAUUACAAACUUUGUUUUAUGAAAACUGAAGUUAAUGCAGCAGUGACUGGAAAAUAACUUGUUCUGCAAAAUAGGCCAUCUCAGUACCACUGACUUUAUGGUAUUUUUCAAAUUUGUUUGUUUAUUUCCUUCAGCAGGUACUUGAACUUCCUUCAGUGGAAAAUGGAAACAGAAGUGUUACAGAAACCUGUGUUUUACAUUUCCUAUUUGUGAAACUUUGGUUUUUUUUCUGUGUAAACCAACAAUUUAAACAAACAAAGUAAUUUAUGCUUUUUUUCUCUGGGUUGAGUGUUUUACAAGAUAGUGAAUGCAUAAAUGCUGUGAGCACUAUAAAAAAAAAAACACUGUUGCAGUUUGUGCAUGUGUCAAGUCAGCCAUGAAAUCCUGACGGUAUCAGAGUAAAAAAGCUGGUUUAGAUUUCAUUUGUUUGUUUCUCACCUCUCCUCCAGGAGCUGCUGAAACAGUCCAGGUGUCUUUUUUCUGCUCAGUGUUCUGGAGGAAAGUGUGCAAGGAAGGAGGAAUGUUGUGCGAUGUGUGUUGAUUUGAUCACUUACAGAGCAGUUUCCCUCAUGUACUGUCUGUGUUCACAUUUUCUGUGAAUAUUACAUCGACCACUACCCGACUUAUGGGGUUUAGCCUGGUGCAGAACUUUUCCCUCAUUUGUUCCUUGGUUUAAUUCUGUUAUUUGUUUGAUUUUAAUCUCCCUGUGAAUCUGAUGCACUGAGCCACUGAAGUGAAGAACCAAAGAAAUAAAAAA